GACGCAGCCCACUUGCGCACUUGGAGCAUCAUGGCCGACCGACUCCUGCGGCUCAUGCUGCUGCUGCUGCUCAUGGCGCCGGUGGCGAUGGCGGCGGUCGCCUGCCUCUACAGCUCGUACCCGCCCGACCUGCUCGUGUACACGGCCGACGCCGCGUGCCCGAUCGUCGGCCGAUCGUGCAUCAUCAACUCGACCGACUGCACCGUCGUCAACAACAUCACACUCGACCAAGAGACCAAGACGCUGCCCUUCUUCAACGCGGUUGGCGACCUCUCAUCGUCGACCAUCGUCAACAUGAAGAUUGGCAACAAGACGUCGCUGGUCAUGAAGGACAUGAGAUUUCCGGCGUCGCUCAAGGCGCUGCAAAUCCAAAACAUCUCGCGCAUCGACUUUACGCAGCUCAAGACGCAGUUCCCGUCGACGCUUGUGUCACUGGGCGUCCUCGACUCCAACUUGGAGAUUUUCCCCGCGACGUUUCAGUGGCCCGACCACCUUCGGACCAUGUACGCCGAUCGCCUCAUCCUGGACCAGGAUUGA